CAGGUGUGAGCUGAGCAACAAAUGGGAGCCGGUGACGCCUUGCGACGCCGUGUGUGGCAAAGGCCACUUCAAAGUUAUGAAGAAGGUGCUGCAGAAGCAGGAAGAUGAUGAUACCUGCAUCCCAGAGUACAAGUGGCUACCCUGCGAGCGUCAGAAGUGCACCGAGUUCACCGUAUCACGAACAUCUCCAAGCCUGGUGCCAACGCCAGAAGAUAGGGUGGACUUGGUGCUGAGUUGGUCUCAGAAGACCAUGGCUCGCAAGAUCAGUAUUCGUGCACCCAUCGGAUACAAAUUUGGAGAGAAGGCUGAGGAGGCAUGCAAGAUAAAAUUCCACAGUCUUCAGCCUUAUAUGGAGUCCUGUAAGGUGGCGGAACAGCUGAACUCUGUCGAACUGGCCUUCGCCACUCCCUUGCCACCGGCGGAGACGGGCGGCGCGCAGCAGGGCCCUGCCAAGGGGAGGUAUGAGAUAGGCAUCGAAGUAGAAACCCCCCUGUGCGAGCCGAUCGAGCGUUGGGUCGCUGAUCCGAUUCGACAUAAGAUCAUCUGCAAUGAACAUCCUGAUCGAACGCGUUGGGAGAUCCAGUUCUUAGCAUCGGAGGCAGAUGCGGGCGCUGAGAUUCGGGACGCCAUGGGUUUCUUGAUGGAGUAUCGGGAGCCCUCAGGCAUUCAGCUGCCCAAGAAGCUGAAGCUGAAAGCGGAGCAGAUCUUGCUUGAUGAAGCUUCGCCAACGACCACCACGGUAAGCACUACAACACUUCCUCCUCCUCCGGAUUUGAAGCCGCAUGCAGAAGUUGGCUGGGUCUUGUGCAUGGGCGAUCGAGACCCAGGAUAUUGUCAGGACCGCAGUGGCCAGUCCAACGUGAUUUGCGGCUGGGAGAAUGUUUGUCAGGUGCGUACGGACUGAGGACGAAAACUAUGAAGUUGAAGAUGCCAGUCCGACCUUCGCGGUGGAUGUUGCACGGUGAAGAAAGAGAAUUGGCUGCGGAUCAGAACGGAACGAAAC